AUGCGGGUCUACUACGCCGUAAUCCGCUGGUUAAGGCACAUACCAAUCGCUAGCAAUGGCAUCCAGAACCCGCGCUUGAAAGCAUACAUAGGUAGUAUCUACCUGGGUGAAGUGAGACAGCGGAAUGUAAGAGAUUUUUGUUCCUUAGAGUCGAAUGCAAGUGACGGCCGUGAGGCUGACAGUUGUGCAGCUGCCGCCCUCACUUGGGUUGUGAUUGCUUUUCACCAACACGCACGUUGGCAAUGA